AAUUCUAAAGAAGAUUAUCUACUGUGGUUGGCAACGCUGGUUUAUCGAAUUUAAAUUCAUCUGUGUUCUUCGUCGUCCAUUUCCUUUUCAUGGCGGAUUUGUUAGCCGUCGUGUGUGCAUAUUAGUAAAGUUACUUAUAGAAAACACAAUUUGAAAUAAUGUCGCAGAGUGCAGCGCGACCGCUCAUCAGUGUCUUCGAUGAGAAGGCACAGCCAAUUCAAAAUUCCAAUGUCGUUUUACCAGCAGUGUUUAAGGCCCCAAUAAGGCCUGAUAUUGUUUCAUUUGUUCAUCAGCAGGUUUCUAUGAAUCACAGACAACCCUAUAGCGUCAGUGAGAAAGCUGGUCACCAAACAUCUGCUGAGUCAUGGGGAACUGGAAGGGCUGUUGCUCGUAUCCCUCGUGUUAGAGGAGGUGGUACUCAUCGUUCAGGUCAGGGUGCUUUCGGAAACAUGUGUAGAGGUGGUCGUAUGUUUGCUCCCACUAAACCAUGGCGUAGGUGGCACCGUAGGAUUAACAUCAAACAGAAACGUAAUGCCCUCGUAGCUGCUAUUGCUGCCAGUGGUGUACCAGCUUUGGUGAUGAGCAAAGGACAUGUCAUUGAACAGGUUCCAGAAUUUCCUUUGGUUGUUUCCGAUAAUAUACAGGGAAUUUCCAAAACCAAGGAAGCUGUUGCUUUUCUGAGGAAUAUCAAGGCUUUUGGAGAUGUUAAGAAGGUUUACCAAAGCCAGAGAAUGAGGGCCGGAAAAGGUAAGAUGCGUAAUCGUAGACGCAUCCAAAGGAAAGGACCCCUUAUCGUCUACCAGAAGGAUGAUGGUAUCAAGAAGGCGUUCCGUAACAUUCCUGGUGUAGAACUUGUCAAUGUUGAAAAAUUGAACCUGUUGAAAUUGGCACCAGGUGGUCAUGUAGGCCGUUUCGUAAUCUGGUCUGAGUCCUCUUUCAAACGUUUGGACAAAAUUUUCGGCACAUACAAAACUCCAUCUGGCGAGAAGAAAGGUUUUACCUUACCCCAACCUAAAAUGGCCAAUACUGAUCUUUCCAGGCUUCUGAAAUCUGAGGAAAUCAAGAAGGUCUUGCGUGCUCCACAAAAGAAGAUCAAUCGUAGAGUACGUCGUCUCAAUCCAUUGAAAAACACUAAGGCUAUGUUGAAGCUUAAUCCUUACAGUGCUGUGCUGAAACGUGAGGCUAUUCUUUCAGCCCAAAAGAGACAGAGGGAGCAGAUUCUUGCAGAGAAACGUGAUACCCCCUUGCCUGCUGAUCAUGCUGUUUCAAAGACAGCCGCUUUAUUAGAGAGACGUGCUGCACAGAAGAAGAAAGUAGCGAAGAAGGCUCCAGUCAAAAAAGCCGCUUCUAAGAAAUAAACUCGUUUUUAUGUUAAAUAAUGUAAUAAAACAUUGACAUGA